AUGUCCCCUGCAGCCAUAUCCCCGCGAAGGCGAUCCAGGAAGAGGGGAGGCGGUGCGCUGCCCAACCUCAUCCUGAAUGCCAUCUCGUACAGCGGGCCCUCGGGCACCACCCUGGCCGGCCUCAGGAGAGUACUGAAGGCCAACGGCUACGACGUGACGCGCAACAGAGCCAAGCUCCGAAUGGCCGUCCGCAGGCUGGUGGCCAGGAACUACAUCGUGCGCACCAGGGGAAGACGCCUCAGGAUCAACCCCUACGGCCCUCGCAGGCGCAGGGGGGUUCGGAUGCGGCGGAGGGGGAGGCGACGGGGAAGGAGGAGGAGGAGGAGGAGGAGGAGAGUCCGCAGGAGACGCUCCAGGAGAGGGCGCAGGAGGGCCACGCCCCGCCGCCGGAGGAGGGGGAGAAGGAGGAGGAGGAGGAGGAGGAGCUCUGUGAGGAGGAGGAGGAGGAGGAGGGGGAGGCGAAGGGCCCCCAGGAGGAGGAGGAGGAGAGUCAGGAGGGUCCGCAGGUUGAGGAGGGUCAGAGUCAGGAGGAUCCGACGCAGGAGGAGACCCAUGCGCAGGAGGAGGCGCAGGAGGAGGAGACUGAGCAGACUCUAUUAG